AUGUCGUUCCCGGCAGGAUUUGGAGAGAGCUUCAAAAGAGAAACAUGGACAUUAUAUAGCGUGGGAAUGUUUGGGGCAGUAUUACGAUUCGUCGCUCGUGUUCGACGUCUCGGUAUCCACCAUUUGCAAGUUGACGACUACCUGAUGAUGUUCGGUAUUAUAUGGUACACAAUAUUAUGCGUCGCUUUGAAUGAAGUCGCUUCGGGAGGAGGGUCAAAUCUGAUGACAGAUCAAGACAAAGCCAACAUGACACCGAGUAUACAUGCAGAAAGAGUGCGAGGAAGCAAGUGGGUGUUUGUGUCUGAGCAUGCCUUUAUUCUGGCCAUCUGGAGUUUUAAAGCAUGUAUGCUUGUUAUAUAUGCUCGUAUCACAGACGGUCUCGCCCAAAAAAGACUCAUCAACUACUGUGCUAUCUAUGUAGCUCUCGGAUUUGUUGGCACAGAACUCGGUUUAUUUCUGACCUGCACACCUCUGAGUAACUAUUGGGCCGUUCCUACACCAAAGCUUCAAUGUUCAACGUAUCAGCAUUACGAAAUCAUUCAAGGUUGCUUUUCCAUUACCGCCGAUAUUUUCAUGUUGAUGGUGGCUAUUCCACUUCUGCUGAAGAUCCGACUUCCUAUGAAACAAAAAAUAAUCCUUGUUGUUUUGUUCGGAAUGGGUGUUUUCGUUAUCGUUUCUGCUGUUCUGACCAAGGUCUACUGCCUGGUGCCUAGCCUUAUAUCCUACGUGUACAUGAACUGGUACUUCCGUGAAGCAACAGUGGCGAUUUUAGUAACUAACUUGCCGCUCGUGUGGUCGCUUCUUCGCGAUAUUUUCCCUGGACUAUUGAAUAGCUGGACAGGUGGAUCCAACAAGACCUCCAAAGGGUACCACCCAUCGGCGCCAUGGUCGAACAUGAACAAGUCGAGAGCUGGCCGUGGCUUUGGCGUGGCCAGUCAGGUCCAGUCGACGCGUUCUCACUACGAUGCCACAGAGUUAAACACGAUGCCACAGAAGAAGACCAGCUCCAUCAACAUCAGCCAGCAUGACGGCGACACCUCGGAUUUUGUCAGCGACGAUGGCUCUGCUCGUGCCCUCCGCAUCCGCCAGGACAUCACCGUUACAGUUGAAGAGGAGGAAGUACGAAAUUCAGUCAUCGUUCGACAUGCUCCUGGGUGGGACCAGACGCAUAAAGAAGAGGCUCAGAAGAGAACAUCAUCUUAA